AACCUGACCCAGCUCCGACAGUCCUGAUAGAUCCACUCAGAGCUCAUGAGGAGACAAACUGCUGCUCCCCAAAAAUAACUUCAUCAGGUUCUGAGGGAGGGUGAAAACAUAAAAGGGACAAAGGCGAUUCCUGCUCCCGGCUGAGCCAUGGAUCUGAUUGUGGACUGCCUACAAAUUGCAGGGACAUCCUGAUGUUUGUGUUCUGAGUGAAGCAGCUUUCCAGAGGAGCAGAAGAAAAAGCAGAUUAGUUCACUGAAGGAAUUUAAGAAAAAAAAAAAACCAAAAUGUUUAAUUUAGGAUGUUUUAUUGGGUGCGUUUUGAUUUUUAUUCCAAAGUCCCAGAGUGUGCGUGUGGUCGGCCGGGAUGGACAAGGCUUCCUGGAGAAUAUUUUACACUUUUAUGGUGAAAAUUCAUCCAUCACAACGGAGAAUCUGGAUGAUUUACUGCUGCUCAUCUCAGCCAGGAGGUCUGAGUCAAUACUUGAAGGAAACCCGCUGGCAAACAAAGAGUGUCCCUCGGCCGACCAGAUCUUGUCCCACUUUGGGUUCAGUAAUGUCAGUCAGCUGACUGUGGGACAUCUGGGGAAAAUCUGCCCCGCUCUGUUGACCCAGGUGCUGCUGCCCUCCUGCCCCUAUGUCACCCCCACGCCCCAGCCCCCUCUGGACUACACUGUGUGGGGUUACGGGUUUCUGGCGGUCACUGUGAUCAACCUGGCGUCUCUGCUCGGUCUCCUGCUGAUCCCCUUCACCAAGAAGUCCUACUUCCCCAAAGUGCUGACCUACUUCAUCGGCCUGGCCAUCGGGACGCUCUUCUCCAACGCUGUGCUGCAGCUCAUACCAGAGGCUUUGGGUUUUGAUCCCAAAACUGAUAACUACGUGGCGAAUGCAGUCGGAAUAUUUGGAGGGUUUUAUGUCCUUUUCUUCAUGGAGAAGGUCCUGAAAAUGGCUCUCGGGGUAGAGCAUGAGCAUGGCCACAGCCACUUCACUCCUGCAGAGCUGCCUCAAGAAAACUCCCUCCACAAUGGAGACAUACUGGAGAAAAAGGACUCCAUCGUUUUGACCAGCAUCAGCACCAUCGCCACAGACAAGAGCAGCCCGAACCCAGAACCCCCGCGUCCUAUCGUGACACCUUCUCAGGAAGUCCAGGCAUCUGCCGUGAUGUGCUACUGGCUGCGUGGGCAACGCAUCUCCAACAUCAAGACGGUGGCGUGGAUGAUAACUCUGAGCGACGCGCUGCACAACUUCAUUGACGGUUUGGCCAUCGGUGCCUCGUUCACUGUGUCGGUUCUGACCGGGUUCAGUACGUCCACCGCCAUCGUAUGUGAGGAGUUUCCCCAUGAGCUGGGUGACUUUGUUAUCCUGCUGAAUGCUGGUAUGAGCGUCCCACAAGCCAUUUUCUUCAAUCUGCUGUCAGCGGUGUCGUGUUACGUCGGUCUCGUCUUUGGCAUCCUGCUCGGGAGCAACUUUGCCCCAAAUGCAAUCUUCGCCAUCGCAGGAGGAAUGUUCCUGUACAUUGCGUUGGCAGACAUGUUCCCGGAGAUGGACAGCAUAGCACGGGAACAGAAGCGGACCUCCACCAAGAUCAUCUUCUUCCUGAUCCAGAACGCUGGGCUGCUCACCGGGUUUACCAUCAUCCUGCUGAUCACCAUGUUCGCGGGCGACAUCAACCUGGGCUAGAAGAGGGAGGGAAGACGGAGGCAGACAAAACUGGAAAGAAAAAUGAAUAAAUAAAUGAGCUGCUUACGUCUCUGCUCACUCGGCUGGGCGGGAACAUGAAUGUAAAAUUUUGUACGAAACAAAACCAAAUGUUUUGAAGGACAACUAAUGCUUUUAUAUGCUAAUUUAGAGGAGUGUUUACUCCGUAUAAGAAGGGAAGAUUUUUACAAUCAUUUGAUGUAUGAACUCUAGUCAAAUUUGUUUUAAGGAGACAAUAAAUUAUUUUUUCAGUCUUCAUUUAGUGUGAAAUAUCUUACAUUUAUUGUACCUCACUGGUUCUUUAGUAUAACAUAUAUAAGCUGUGUUAUUAUGACGACAGUUGUUUUUUUUGCAGCAGUGUUUGACCUCUGAGUUUUGUGACCUCUUUGACCUUCACUGGUUCUUUAUUGACUAUAGAAUAUAUGAUGCUGUCUGUCAAACUUUAAACAAUGUGAAGAUGUUAAUAAUGAAACCAGUGGGACUCCGACCGUAAAAUAUAACAAAAAAUAACCACUGCGACUACAAAUGACGUGAACUUUGAAGAGCUUUGUCACCAGGUGGUAUUUGAUCUACGUCGGAAGUCUAUACAUAUUAAUUACAUUAUGCAUUGUUUUCCCCUCAGGGUUUUAUUACAUUGAAAGCUUCUGUCAGUGGCUGUAUGAUUAGUACAAUAACCAACAUGGAAUACCAGAAAUACCAAAGAUAGAAUUAAAGAAACUUUUCAACAGUAAAAAUGGACCAAUUAUGUACAAUAUGUGCAAUCUUCCGUAAUGUACUUGAAUCUUUUGACCUUUGUUCCUUCACUGUAGUCUGUGUUUUCUGUUCAAUUCUCAAAAUCAGACUAUCAAAUUUUACUUUACAAAAACUGCUGGUAAA